AUGGAGCGGAGCAAGAGCGAACAGCGGAGGACGACCGGAUCAAUCUCCCAUCGUUCACAGCAGAGAUCGCGAUCGCUUCAACGCUCUCAAAUCGGCGAAAUGGAUAAGAGCGACCUGGUUCAGAAGGCCAAGCUGGCGGAGCAGGCCGAACGCUACGACGACAUGGCGGCGGCGAUGAAGGCCGUGACCGAACAGAACAACGAGCUGAGCAACGAGGAACGUAACCUGCUGUCUGUCGCCUACAAAAACGUGGUGGGCGCGCGCCGCUCAUCCUGGCGCGUCAUUUCCAGUAUUGAAGGCAAGGCCGACUCUGGGAAUGAGAAGAAGAAGCAGAUGGCCCACGACUACCGUAUCAAGAUUGAGAAGGAGCUGGACGAGAUCUGCAGGGAUGUGCUGAACCUGCUCGACUCUUACCUCAUCAAAAAUGCCACGGCUGCAGAGAGCAAGGUGUUCUACCUCAAAAUGAAGGGCGACUACUUCAGAUACCUGUCUGAGGUGGCCUCAGGGGACUGCAAGAAAGACACGGUGGACAGCUCUCAACAGGCCUACCAAGACGCCUUUGAAAUCAGCAAGAAGGACAUGCAGCCCACACACCCCAUCCGCCUCGGCCUGGCCCUCAACUUCUCAGUCUUCUACUACGAAAUCCUCAACUCUCCAGAGCAGGCCUGCUCUCUGGCCAAGCAGGCUUUCGACGAGGCCAUCGCAGAGCUCGACACCUUGAACGAGGACUCGUACAAAGACAGCACGCUGAUCAUGCAGCUACUAAGGGACAACCUCACUCUGUGGACAUCAGAAAACCAGGCAGACGAGACCGAAGGCGGCGAUGGCGAGAACUAG